AUGCUCGAGCGAAGAAGGAUUGACCUCUGCUGCUUUCAGGAGAGGCGAUGGAAAUCGAAUGGUGUCUGUCAGAUCAACUCAGACAAUGAAAAAUAUAAACUAUUCUGGAAUGGUCAAAAGACGGCCAAAAAUGUUGUUGGAAUUUUUGUCAAAAAACCGCUAGCCCAAGAAGUACUGGAUAUUAAAAGGAUUAAUUCACGACUCAUGUGGAUCAAGCUUCGCCUAGAAAAGCAAACAAUGAUUAUUUUUCCUGCAUACGCACCACAGACAGGCAAAUCAGAAGAGAUGAAAAAUGACUUCUCGGCUGCGUUCUCUGACACCAUCUCAACUAUACCAAAAUCUGAAACAAUUCUGAUUGGAGGCGAUCUCAAUGGCCACGUUGGAGAGAAAACAGAUUGUUUUGACAACGUACAUGGCGGUUUUGGCUAUGGAGAACGGAAUGAAGAUGGCAACCGCAUCCUUGAGUUUGCUGAAAGUCACGGGUUUUGUUUACUGAACACAUAUUUUAGAAAGAGGUUGGAACAUCUCAUAACAUACAAAAGUGGACCAUCAGCCACUCAAAUUGAUUUCUUCGCUGUUAAGCAACAUCACCGAGGGCUAUUCAAAAAUGUCACAGUUAAUCCUGGCGAAUCAUGUGUCGCUCAACAUAGACUCCUUAUGGCAGACCAGGUUGUCGAACUGUCACAACAUAAGUCUAAAUAA